CUGACGCGUCUGUGGUCGGCCGGUGCUGUGAGCGCGCGUUACCGAAGUUUCAGUUUUGCUGCGCUUUAAGGAACGCGCACCUGUCCUCAGUGAUUUAUUACUGCUAGUGACAGAGACACGACAGCGUAGCUCGGCAGUCAGAAUUAUACUGCAUUUACUGUGCAUUUUAUUAUAGAAACACCUCGUGAAACUAUUGGCCGUCCCUGGACGCAUUUACUGGUCCUGCAGGACGAUCAUACCUGUCGCUGGUUCUAGCUUUCUUUUUUCAUUAUGCCUCGUUCAUUUCUGGUGAAAAAGAGCAGGAAGGGAGGUUUUCGUUCCUCUCUUCCCAUCGCUGACGUGCCCUAUAUAGGCCUGGUUGGUUGGUCUGUCCCCAUAAAAGUGGCUACACUGCCAGAGGAAUCAGGCCAAGAGAUACAACCAUAUUCUCCAAUCAUGCAGCAAAACAGUACACACAGCAGUCUCAAUAAUGACUGGAAAACAGAUCCAGCCGGUUUCCGGUACGGCCCUCCUCCGUCUCCAGGGCACUGGUUACCUGUCAACUCUAGAGACAUAGCAGACAUACAAGGGCUCAACAGCAGGGACAGUUCACUGGAAUGUUCUCUGAUGAGUCCUCGGAGGGAUUUGGGCCCAAAACAUUGCAGCUUGUGUGGCAAGGUUUUCUCAUCUCUUGCUCGCCUGGAGUCUCACGUGUACAGAUCGCAUGGUAGUCAUCAUGGACGGUCUCUGGUAUUCUGUGACAGCAAGGACCCUGCGAUGCCAUGUAGGAUAAAGGAACGAACAUUUGAGUGUAAGGAAUGUGGGAAGGUAUUCAAACGCUCAUCCACUCUGUCCACCCACCUCCUGAUCCACUCGGACACACGGCCAUAUCCCUGCCAGUACUGUGGCAAGAGAUUCCACCAGAAAUCCGACAUGAAGAAACACACCUUCAUACACACCGGAGAGAAGCCACAUGUUUGUAAAGUGUGUGGUAAAGCCUUCAGUCAGAGCUCCAAAUAA